AUGUUCCCUGUCACUGCUCUCACCUCCCUUCUCGUGCUCGCUCUGGCCGUUGCGGCGACUCCGGUCACAGUGCGUGAACCGCUCGUGACUCUGCCCUUUGCGAAGCACAUCAAUACGACCGGGACGGCGGAUAUCGUUAAGCAGGAUCAAGCCCGCAUUAAGCAGCUCUUUGCGAAUGCUGAGGCUAGGCGCACUGGAUCGACCCUCUAUGCCGACGCUACAUCUUCAUCUAUCGAUGCCACUAACCAACUUGUCACAUACACAGUCUCUGUUGGUGUCGGCUCUCCGGCCACAUACUAUGAUCUUAUCGUGGACACUGGCAGCUCUAACACUUGGGUGGGCGCGGGUACUUCCUACACUGCCACCUCCACGUCUACGAAGACCUCUGACACUGUGUCUGUGACUUAUGGAUCCGGCAGUUUCUCUGGUGAGAGCCCCUCUCAGAACCUACGCAUGUAUGACCUGGCUGACAUGUUUGUUUGCUAUGGAGGCACGGAGUACACCGACACUGUCACAUUGAGCUCUUCCCUCGUGAUCACGAAUCAAAGUAUCGGUGUGGCGAGCAAAUCCAGUGGAUUCUCUGGUUACGAUGGCAUUCUCGGCAUUGGUCCCGACGCUCUUACCGAGGGUACCUUAUCUCCUGACACAUCGUCCACGAUCCCUACUGUCGUCGAUAACCUUUACACUCAGGGAACUAUCCCGGACAAGAUCCUCUCUGUGUAUUUUCAGCCGACGACAUCUGAGAGUUCGACCAACGGGGAGCUCACCUUUGGUGGAACAGACAGCACCAAAUACACUGGCGAUAUCACAUAUACCUCGGUGACUACGACGUCCCCGGCCGAGUAUUAUUGGGGCAUCGACCAGUCGAUCACUUACGGUAGCACUACAAUUCUGUCCAGCACGGCCGGAAUUGUGGACACUGGUACUACCCUCCUUUAUAUCGCUUCAGAUGCCUUCAAGCAAUACGUCAGCGCCACUGGCGCUACGUACGAUUCUAGCACUGGUCUCUACUCGAUUUCGUCAUCCCAGUACAGCUCCUUGCAGACCCUCGACUUGGUGAUCGGUGGUACCACCUUUGGGCUCACUGCCAACGCCCAGAUCUGGCCGAGGUCUCUCAACACAUACAUCGGAGGAUCCUCUUCCAAAAUCUACCUGGUUGUUUCCGAUAUUGGUACCAACUCUGGCGAGGGCUUGGACUUCAUUGACGGUCUGGUCUUCCUCGAGAGAUUCUACAGCGUGUUCGACACUACGAAUUCGCGUGUUGGGUUUGCGACCACGUCCUACACGACCGCCACCACGAAUUAAACGCAGGUUGACGAUCUGAU